CAACAACAAGGCAACGGAGCAGAGAGACAACCAACCAGGAGGCGGCACAACAACAACAUCAGCACCAGCAUCAGCAUCAACAGGAGACAAUCGCUGGUAUAGUGUCUCAUGCCAGUCGUCGUCUUCAGCGGCACACGCCCAGCGCAGUUGAGCUCGAAUCGAUCUCCAAUUCAGUGCUGCUCUGUCAGCUAUUGAUGCUAUUCGUUUUGGCAUUGUUCUGGUUGAGCUACGCCUGGCCAGCGCGCAGUCAAACGAUAUCGCAUUGGCAGCGCAUGCAUUGAGACAUUAACUAACACACGCACACACACAGAGACACACUUACACAAAGACACACACAUACACACAUACACAGCUACUAACGCAUGCACUGAUGUACUGACUGAAUGCCUCGCUGCCUAAACAUACAACAACAACAACUAAAUCACUGACUGAGCGACAGGAAAUUAGAAUUGGAUAAGCAAAGAAGCUAUACAACUGAACGAAGGCAAAGAAGAGGAAGAAGAAGAAGAAGAAGCAGAGAUCAUUACUUAACUAAAUACUGCAACUGUAACUGUAAAACAUCAACUAAUACUUACUUUAUACCAACAAUAACAACAACAACAACAACAAAUUACAUUUUUAAUGCCACGCUAAAGCAACAAAAACAAAAACCAAACGAGAAAAUUUUUAACUAAGCAAUAAUUCGCACCCUUCCAAGUCAAAAGUAAACCCUUUUGACUUUUGCCACGCACCACAACAGCAACAACAACAACUAAUUGCACCACCAUGAGUGUUUCAGCAAUGGAUAAAUUAACUAUACUAACGCCCCGCACCCGGACGCCCCUGCUAACAAUUUGGCUAGCCAUAAAUAUGGCGCUAAUCGUACAGGAGACGGGCCCCAAACGGAGCACCACAGUGCAAUCUGCAACUGGCGGCGGCAGCAUGUUGGGUGAUGUAAACAUAUCCGCUAUACUCGACUCCUUUAGUGUUAGUUACGACAAAAGAGUAAGACCCAAUUAUGGUGGACCUCCUGUCGAAGUCGGAGUCACCAUGUAUGUGCUAUCAAUCAGCUCGCUCUCAGAAGUGAAAAUGGACUUUACAUUGGAUUUUUACUUUCGUCAAUUUUGGACCGAUCCUCGUUUAGCGUAUAGAAAACGACCUGGUGUAGAAACACUAUCGGUUGGAUCAGAAUUCAUAAAGAAUAUUUGGGUACCUGACACCUUUUUUGUAAAUGAAAAACAAUCAUAUUUUCACAUUGCAACAACCAGUAAUGAAUUCAUUCGUGUGCAUCAUUCUGGAUCGAUAACAAGAAGUAUUAGAUUGACUAUCACCGCAUCGUGUCCAAUGAAUCUGCAAUAUUUUCCAAUGGAUCGACAGCUCUGUCACAUUGAGAUCGAAAGCUUUGGUUACACGAUGCGAGAUAUCCGAUAUUUCUGGAGAGAUGGACUGAGUAGUGUGGGAAUGAGCAGUGAGGUCGAACUACCGCAGUUCCGCGUUUUGGGACACAGGCAGAGGGCGACCGAAAUAAACCUAACCACAGGAAACUAUUCGCGCUUAGCCUGCGAAAUACAGUUCGUGCGCUCGAUGGGCUAUUAUCUUAUACAAAUCUACAUACCCUCUGGACUGAUCGUUAUUAUAUCAUGGGUAUCAUUUUGGCUCAAUCGCAAUGCAACGCCGGCGCGUGUGGCGCUCGGUGUGACAACCGUGUUGACAAUGACAACGUUGAUGUCGUCAACAAAUGCGGCGCUGCCAAAGAUUUCGUACGUCAAAUCGAUUGACGUCUAUCUGGGAACAUGCUUCGUUAUGGUCUUUGCCAGUCUACUGGAAUACGCCACCGUCGGCUAUAUGGCAAAACGAAUUCAAAUGCGAAAACAAAGAUUUAUGGCGAUCCAAAAGAUAGCUGAGCAGAAAAAGCAACAAUUAGAUGGUGUGCAGCAGCAGGCCAAUCCGAAUCCGAAUGUCGGAGGCGGACCCGGUCCUGAGCAUGGACAUGGGCAUGGUCAUCAUGCCCACAGCCAUGGUCAUCCGCAUGCGCCCAAACAAACAGUGAGUAACCGCCCAAUCGGCUUUACAAAUAUCCAACAAAACGUUGGUACGCGCGGUUGCUCGAUAGUGGGACCCUUGUUCCAGGAGGUGAGAUUCAAGGUCCACGACCCCAAGGCACACUCCAAGGGCGGCACUCUGGAGAAUACGGUGAAUGGUGGCCGAGGUGGCCCCCAGCCCCAUGGACCCGGCCCGGUACCCGGCGGUCCAGGCGGACCCGGCGGCGGUGGUGGCGGAGGCGGCGGCGGCGGUGGAGGUGGCGGACCUCCAGAUGCUGGCGGCGACCCGGAGGCGGCCGUGCCAGCACAUCUAUUACAUCCGGGCAAAGUAAAAAAGGAUAUCAACAAACUGUUAGGCAUUACGCCUUCGGAUAUUGACAAAUAUUCGCGCAUUGUGUUUCCCGUGUGCUUUGUUUGCUUCAAUCUGAUGUACUGGAUUAUCUACCUGCACGUUAGCGACGUCGUUGCCGAUGAUCUUGUCCUGCUCGGUGAGGAAUAAGCGGCCAUGCCCCCUAAGGGUGGCGCUGAGCCGGAAACGGAGCCUGGCCGGAGGCAACAAGUGAGACAACAGCGCACGAGAGAGUUAAACUGUGCAACGCGCUGAAAAAUAAAGUUAAAAAAAUCAUUAACCAAAAGUAAUUUUAACUAGAGAUAUGGAAAAAGCAAAAGGCAACAUAUUAUUGUUAAAUACUAAUAAAAAUAAUAAUGAUAAAAAAA